CCCCUCCCGUCCCUUUUUACCGAAGCUUUUCUACCAAUGAGAAAACAGAAACAUCCAAGUGGUGGGGCAUUUUUGAGCUUGUCGUUCAAUUCUUGGAUUCCUGCUUGCUUUGCUUGUCCACUCAAAAUAAAGAAACUCGCCCUAGAAAACGGGUUCUAGCAAAACAUCUCGAGCCACUUACACCAACCCCCGCUCAUCCCUCAUCCAGUUCGGUCCCGUCGACCCCUUAAGGAGCUCAUCCGAAUUCAAGAUAUUUCUCCUGCACCACCAAAUUCAUCAUCAACUGUACCCAUACCACACUCCACGCACAAUGGCAGAGUUAAAGAACGCCCAAGUGAGUUCUAAGUCUGCAGAGCUUCACAGAGUCCUCCUCAGUCGUCCUGACCUGUACUGACCCUUCCCUUUCUCUGUUUUAGGGCCUCAGCAAUGAGGAAAUUCAAGCAUACAGAGAUGCUUUCUCUAUCUUCGUGAGUGGGAUUCUCCAAUACAUGUUUGCGCAAAACGCUUACUUUCCCUUUAAUACAGGACAAAGAUGGUGAUGGUACGCGCGAUUCAACCCCGCACCUCUUCUUCGCCGUUAUUCUCUAACAUUCUCAACCCUUUAAACAGGAACCAUAUCAACUGCCGAACUCGCGGAGGCAAUGAAAUCUUUGGGACAAAAUCCAUCCGACGCGGAAAUUCAAGAUAUGAUUAAUGAGGUUGACGUUGAUCAAUCUGGAACAGUCGACUUCGAUGGUUAGUUACACGGCGAUAUAUCACGAUAACCCCACAUCUUGGUACUAUGGUGUAUCAACACUUUGAUGCGACUCUUCUAACCAUUUUAUAAUCGAAUUACAGAAUUCCUCAAGAUGAUGACUACCGAAACAAAGGGUGUUGACUUUGAACAAGAGAUGCGCAGUGCUUUUAAAGUAUUCGAUGUUGAUGGAAGUGGCACAAUUUCCCCAGAGGAAAUCUACAAGUUGAUGGCAUCUUUGGGAGAGAAUUUGUCUGAGGAAGAGAUUAAGAGCAUGGUGAAGGAGGUUGAUAAAAAUGGUGAUGGAAGCAUAGAUUGUAAGGCAAUUCCUCCUAAAUGCUCUUCAGAUCCUUUCAGACUUGACACAAUUACUAACACAAACUUCAAUGUUUUAGACGAUGAAUUUGUUUCAUUCAUUCGCGACAACAAAUAAGGAUUUAGGACUAAUCACGGGGAAAUUUAUGAAAAUGAAGAGAGUUUGAAUAUUAUAUUGGAUGCACACAAUACCAUAGGAAUAAAUAUACAUGUUAUUUUAUUCCAGCAGUACUUCUCAAUGGGAAUGGAAGUUUUGUUUAUGCUAAAUACGGGAUAUUGAUGAAUCGAUCAAGUAAUCGUCGUCGGCAUAUCCUCGAUAGUGGCAUUUGCCAUACCUCAUUUUAGCUUUUUGCCUUUUAUGAUUGGUUCUUAAAUCCAUUUUAUCAUUUUCGUGGAAGUUCUUGCACAUUAUUCCUGGCGCUUGUCUU